AUGUACAUAGAAAAGAUGCUGAAAUGGUUCGGCAUGCAAGACUGCAAAAGGGGAAUUUUGCCUUGCAGUCACGAAAUUCAUCUUUCAAAAGAUAUGAGUCCAAAGACUAAUCAAGAGCAUAAGCGAAUGCGUGGAAUACCCUAUGCUUCAGUCAUAGGUAGUCUCAUGUACGCUAUGCUAUGUACUAGGCCUGAUAUUGCAUAUGCUGUUAGUGUUACAAGUAGAUAUCAGUCUGACCCAAGGGAAAAACACUGGUUAGCUGUUAAGACGAUCAUUAAGUACUUAAGAAAAACUAAGGAUCUAAUACUAAGUUAUGGAGGUUCAAAGUUAAAAAUUGAAGGAUACUCUGAUUCUGAUUUUCAAUCAGAUAUGGAUGAUAGAAAGUCUACAUCCGAGUUCAUUUUCAUAUGCAAUGGAGGAGCAGUCAGUUGGAAGAGUUCUAAACAAUCAACUACUGUCGAUUCCACAACUGAAGUUGAAUACAUUGCUACUUCAGAAGCAGCAAAGGAAGCUAAUUGA